UAUUUAAGGAGUUGUGUUUUACAUACAGUUGUGUGAAGGAUAUUCCCUUCCAUAAGAUUGAUUUUACGCAAAUGCAUUUCUAAGCAAUUUCUAGCGUUUGCAUCUACAUGUUAAAUGUAUACGUUGCGUUUGAACAUGUACAAAACUAGCAUUCAAAAAUAUUUGCCUUUUUAUAAGUAAUAAGUCAGUAUCUGAAUAUUUUCCGAACAUUUUUUUAAGUACCUUACUUCAAUCAUCAAAAAAUGGAAGAACACAAACAUAUUUUUCGUGAAAAUGUGAUUCCAGAGGUACCAGACUUAGCUAUUUAUAUUCCAAAUUUUAUUACACAAGAGGAAGAAGAUGAAAUAACAAAAUAUGUGAAUAAUACUCCAUUACCAAAGUGGACACAAUUAACUCAUCGUAGAUUACAAAAUUGGGGUGGUAAUCCUCAUCCAAGAGGCAUGAUAGCUGAAGAAAUACCAAGUUGGCUCCAAAAAUACGUUAAUAAAGUAUCAUCAUGUGAUAUAUUUGAAAAAAAUAAACUACCUAAUCAUGUUUUACUUAAUGAAUAUCUAUCUGGUCAAGGAAUAAUGGCACAUUCAGAUGGUCCACUCUUUCACCCUAUUGUAACAACCAUAAGUUGUGGCUCUCAUACACUUCUAGAUUUCUAUAAAAGGCUUGACAGUACAGAGCAACAUCAACCUAAUUUAGAGUUCAGUUUUCUGUUAGAACGUAGGAGUCUAUUCAUUCUCCAAGGAGACUUAUAUCACAAUUACUUGCAUUCAAUUGCAGAAAGAGACACAGAUGUUGUUUCAAAGUCUGUGAUAAAAAAUUUGAGUAUAUGUGGAGACAAAUUUUCGGAAGGAGAAAUAUUAAAACGGGGAACUAGGUUGUCUUUAACUAUUAGACAUGUUCCAAAAACUAGCAAGUUAAAACUAAAAAUUGGAUAAUAUAUCUUUAUAUAUAUACAUUUCACUUUGUAAAGUUUGAGAA